UCGAUCAUAAACACUGAAGGGUUUCUCUUCCCAUCAUUUGUAUUUUGUGACUGACUGCAGUCUCGCGCUGCUGCUGCUCAUACGCAAUCCCUGGAUAGGUGGUUGCCAUGGUUUCCUGGGUCACAUGCGUGGGUUUCCUGUAGCCAGCAGCAGCAGCAGCAGCAGCAGAAGAUGCUCGGACUAAAAAUCAAGAGCCAUUUUCAUUGAAGAAAAAAAGAAAAGAUCAGCUGUAGAGGGCUUAACUGACUGGGUGUCCUUACGAACACACCCCGUCUACUUCUUUCGGUUUUAUUUUUCACUCUCCUCUGAAUCUUUUUUUGGAGUCUUUUGAAUUCGCAGCAAAACCGGUUUAGACCACAUUCAUAGAUUGAUAACAGGAAUGAGUAUAGAAAUUCCUGAAGGACUGACGGAGCUGUUACAGAGCUUUACCGUGGAAGUGUUGAGGAAUCAGCCCAGGGAUUUGCUUGAGUUUGCGCUGCAGUAUUUCACCCAGCUGAAGGAAAGAGAGACCAAAGAGGCCUCGUUUGGCAAUGACCAGAAUUCGGCCCCGAGACCUGGAAAAGCGGUCAAUUUCAUUGACGAAGCCAUGCAGAUCGAUUCGGAAAACGGAGAGGAGGACGACGACGAUGACGAGGAAUUCAUAGCCCCGGUUAUAAACCGAUUCAUCAGAAGAGCUUCAGUGUGUGCUGAAGCGUUCAACCCUGAUGAAGAUGAGGAGGAAAAAGAGCCAUUGAUCACCUACCCAAAAACUGAUGAGCAGAGACAGAGACUACAGGAAGCAUGUAGGGACAUUCUUCUGUUCAAGAAUCUGGAUCCUGAGGAGAUGUCUCAGGUGCUGGAUGCCAUGUUCGAAAAGUUCUGCACUGAAGGGGACCACAUCAUUGAUCAAGAUGAUGAUGGAGACAACUUUUAUGUCAUUGAAAGUGGGACGCUUAACAUUUUCGUGAAGGUUGAUGGUGCAGAGAAGCUGGUAGGUUGCUAUGACAACCGAGGGAGCUUCGGAGAACUGGCGCUGAUGUACAACACCCCCAGGGCAGCCACAAUAAUUGCCACCUCGCCUGGAGCCCUUUGGUGCCUAGAUCGUCUGACAUUCAGGAGGAUCAUCGUGAAAAACAAUGCCAAGAAGAGGAAACUAUACGAGGCGUUCAUUGAAACACUACCACUGCUAACGUCAUUAGAGCUCUCAGAGAGGAUGAAGGUAGUAGACGUACUAUCCACCAAGGUGUACGGUGAUACACAGCAGAUCAUCGCUCAGGGUGAUUUAGCCGAUUGCUUCUACAUUGUUGAGUCUGGCCACGUUAGAAUCACCAUGAGAAGAAUAAGGACAAAAAAAGACCAGGAAGAGGAGGAGGUUGAUAUCGCCACAUGCUCUAGGGGCCAGUAUUUUGGGGAGUUGGCACUAGUCACAAACAAGCCAAGGGCUGCAUCCGCCUAUGCUGUUGGGAGCGUCAAAUGCUUGGUCCUGGAUGUAAAAGCCUUCGAGAGACUCCUGGGCCCAUGCAUGGACAUCAUGAAGAGAAACAUUGCUAACUAUGAGGAGCAGCUUGUGACCCUGUUCGGAGGUAGCACUGAGAUUGAGAUUGAGCAACUAAGUGCAUAAAAUGGCUCCAACGGACCACGAAUUGAUGGAUGACAACUAAUUUUAUCGUUAUCACUUUGACAGCUUUUCUUACAAGAAAUGUGAAUAUUCACAACAGCAUUUGUGUGCCAGUUAAAUAAUUCAGAUGCCAUCAUCAGACAGGGUUCAUUUUAGAAGAGUUUUCCACAGAGUGUUAUAAGCCAAAGCUGAGUUGCUUAAAGCUUGUUUGAAUUAGAUUUCUCACGACUAAAACCUUAAAAAUGUCUGUGAAUGCGUUUACUUUUCAUCGUCAAAUAUAUAAUUUGUUUUUCUAUUGAACAUUUCUGUUUACACACCCUUUCUCUGCAAUGUUGUAGUUACACAUACAGUAUCAUAUUGUUUGCACAGCUAUAAACAUUUUUCUGCCAAAAUCAGAUGCCAAAGCUAUUCUUUUUGCAAGAUAGUUGUGAGCAAACAUGUCACAUUCUCUUGUCAUUCCUUGGCAUGAACACCAACACUCACAGCAUUAGAUGCACUGUUACACCGUUCCAAAAGCCCCAGUGUGAGAGAGUACAGAUAAUUUGGAAAUUCAGUCAACUGGAUUCUGUGUGUGUGUAUAAACUCUUUUACAUUUGAUCACAACAGAUUGUACUGUUUAAACAUUUUUGCUAAAUACUCUUGAUUAUCAUCAGAUUUGACCCCAGGAAACACAUUCAUAAUCUGUACAUCAUUAUUGGUAAGUGAUUGUGGCUAUUAGCCUUAUACCAUGCUUUUCCAAAAAAAAAAAAAAAAAUCAACAACAAACUCCAGAAAGAUAGCUGAUAGUUUUGUAUGAUUAUCAACACAUUGCUGUACAAUUUGAAACUCAGUAUUUACUGCUAUUGUAUAGGCCCCUCCUUAUUUGAUAAGUUGCCUCACUAGACUGUAGUCUUUAUUGGCAAUGUCCUAAGACAAUUGCUUUUCCUGUGUUAUAAUGUAAGAUUAAGUCAUACUGUUAUGUGUCAGUGAAACAUAUUAUGAUUAUGACAUCCAUUAUUGCUGCCUACCUCUGCCACCAACGUAUACUGUUUGGAAACACAUGAUGUUGUUUCCUUGAUACAGGAAUCUUAAGUGGGUCUUCUCUGCUCUCUUCUUCUAUCUCUAUUUAAGAUUAAUAGAGUAUUCUGUGUUUCUGUAAGCUGAAUAGACCUGUUUGACAUUUAAAUGUUCUGGAUCCCCCCCCCCCCCCCCCCUUUGUGCAAGCAGAACUGGUCACUUUUGAAGGCAAACACAAAACUGGUGGAGAGUACUGUAUGUUUCACUUUUCAUGUCAAUAAAGAUCCUUUUUAUA